GAUUAUCAAGUGACCCCUCUGGGCUACCAUAUUGUUUAACCAGUACAGUCUAUCCUGGGCAGCAUACUAGACAAGAAUUAGCCGAGGUAUCGCAGAGGCCAGCAAGCGACACACAAUGGCAUACCGUUUCCUACGCUCAUACCGAGGGCCAGUAAAGGGAGUCAUUCUGGACUGGAGUGGUACUACGGCUGACAAGUAUGUCUUGGCGCCAGCUGUCGUCUUUGUGGAGGUGUUCAAUAAACACAAGGUACCGAUUACAAUGCCCGAGGCACGAGGACCGAUGGGACUUCGAAAGGACCUUCAUAUCAAGGCCAUCACAGAAAACGAUGACGUGAGAAAAAGAUGGUUCGAUGUUUACGGAAAGUUUCCAGACCAAGGUGACGUAGACAACAUGUUCAAAGACUUUGUCCCUAUGCAGUUAGCAUGCUUGAAAAAGUACACAACAUUGAUACCAGGAACAGCAGAAGCCUGCAAAACCUUGAAGAAUGAAUUCGGCGUUAAGAUCGGGAGUACAACUGGAUUUUUGCGCUCAAUGGUGGAUAUACUAUUGGAGGAAGGGCGAAAACAAGGAUAUCAUCCGGAUGUGACAGUUGCUGGAGAUGAGGUUCAAAAUGGCGCCCGUCCCAAGCCCCAUAUGGUGUAUAAAAAUAUGGACCUUUUGGACCUUAAUCCCAUAGAAGCCGUUGUCAAAGUAGAUGAUACGAUUUCUGGUGUCGGUGAGGCACUCGAAGCCGGAUGCUGGGGAGUAGGUGUAGCCAAGUACAGUAACUACAUGGGUGUCGAUAGCUUGGAAGAAGCCGAUGAUCUAACACCCGAGGAGGAAGAAAAGCGAUGUAAAGUCUCGCGAGAUUUGCUUAUCAAAUCUGGUGCUCAUUACGUGAUUGACACUAUCGCUGAAUUACCAGAAGUAAUAGAGGAUGUAAACAGGCGAUUAGCAAGGGGAGAAAAGCCGUAACUUAGUGAAAUAAUUCAAAUUAUUUUGAUAAAAAGCUUGAUAUAUAUAAUUGUAGAUUGAUAUGCAGUUCUUUAAAAUUGCAAUAUAGUACUCCCAAUCAUAUUUCAACUGACUAAUAUUACAAAAACUCAAGUCAGAGCUUCAUAUAUACUACAUAUUCAGAUUUUUCCGACUGGCUAGAUGAUGUAACAUUACUAUUAUAGUUUGUUCUGAUGAACAUAGCUAUGUCACCACAUGUAUUCACUGUAUUUAAGUGUUGAGUCAGGGAUUAAAAUCACAAAAUUUG